AUGUUAGCACUCUGUUUCGACAGAAACGCAGCUACUAUGUCGAUAGUAAGUUCUGUGAUUUCUUGCAGGCACCAUUGUAUAUGUUUGCGCAAGUAA